AUGGAAGAUAUAAAGGCAAGUGAUAUUCCUAUUGCAACAGCCACAAAGCUCACCUUGGAUAAAGUUGGUCCACCAAUUGAGCAGAAACUAUAUAGUGGUAUGAUUGGCUCCCUUUUGUAUCUCACUUCUAGUCGACCUAACAUUGUAUUCAGUGUGGGAUUAUGUGAAAGAUUUCAACCGAAUUCUAAAGAGUCUCAUCUAAAAGUUGUGAAAAGAAUCUUGAGAUAUUUGAAAGGAACAAGUGAGUUGGGGCUAUGGUAUCCUAGAGGUAGCAACUUUGACCUAGUUGGAUAUGCUGAUGCCGACUAUGCCGGAUAUUUGGUAGAUAGGAAGAGCACUACAGGUAUGGCACACUUUCUUGGAUCAUGUUUGCUCUCCUGGGCGACAAAGAAAUAA